AAACGGCAGUGUGGUCAAUGGCGAACUCUCAGCAGCUUUUUAGUGAUGGACGCCCGGUUACCAAAGGCGUCUCGGGCAGGCCGGCCACCGGCACCCGACCUCCCCCCACUGCACCGAGGCUCAGCACGGGAGUAUCUCCUGGUACAGCAAGACUUGGAACACGUGGUGGAGUGGUAAUGUCUGGUGGUGUGCUCUCUGCUCAGAUUAAAGUUGCAGAUCGCCCUGUAACUCAGCAAGGGUUGAGUGGAAUGAAAACUGGAAUUAAAGGACCACAUCGUCAAAUUCUGGACAAGUCUUACUUUCUUGGACUGCUUAGAGCCAAAAUCAGUGAACUUACAACAGAAGUUAGCAAGUUACAAAAGGAAAUCGAUACAUUUAAUCAAGAAAAUUCUGUCUAUCUGUCAUAUGAAAAGAGAGCUGAAGCAUUGGCUAUAGAAAUUAAAGAUUUACAAGGCCAGUUGGCAGAUUACAAUAUGCUUGUAGAUAAACUGAAUACCAAUACUGAUAUGGAAGAAGUUAUGAAUGACUAUAACAUGCUCAGAGCACAAAAUGAUCGAGAAGCGCAGAACAUGGAUGUAAUCUUCACGGAGCGACGUGAGAAAGAAGACCUGAUUAAAGUUAUUGAUAUGGAAAUUGACCAAGAGAAACAAGCAGCGGAUACCAUAAUCAAAAAUAUGGGAGAAGAUAAACAAGCUAAAUUCAGAAAGAUGAAAGCAACUAAUGAGCAUCUAUUAGAGGAGUUGGAUGCUCGACAGCAAGAGUUGGAUGCAUUGAAUACAAGAAAGGAAGCACUGGAGGCUGAGAUAGCUCAUUCCCAGGUGAAGCAAGAAGCAGUGGUUCUGUAUGAAAAACUCCAUGAGCUUGAAAGUCACCGUACUCAGAUGAUUGCAGAAAAUAAAAGUAUGGGAUCUCCACAGGAGGAGAGGGAACGACUACUAAAACAGGUUAAAGAAGAUAACCAGGAAAUAGCCAGCAUGGAAAGACAACUUAUGGAGAUGAGGGAGAAAGUGAGUCAUGUAACUGAAGAGAUUCGGCAACUUGAUAUGGAUUUGGAGGAACACCAAGGAGAGCGCAAUCAAAAGUACAAAGAGCUGAAGAAAAGAGAAGAAACAAUGGAUGCAUUCCUGGAUACUGCUGAAGAAAUCAAAAAUCAAGAAUUUGAACGAAAAGCUCAACUUGAGGGUAGUAUUGUUGCGCAUCUGGAACACACAAGCAGAAAUAUGAAUCGGAUGAGACAAAUCUCAUCAGUAACUGCAUACGAACUUAAAUCCAUGCAGGAGGACCUGAAUUUCAAGGAGACUGAAAUGCAGAAAUCACAGACAACUGCCAAGGGUUUGACUGAUGAGAGCCAACAGCUCCAGCAAGAUCUUCAGAAAGUUGAACAACUUGAAAGCAAGAUAAGUGCUGAGCUGAGUUCUUUAAAAGAAAAAAUCCAGCAGAUAACAGUUGCUCUAGAAACUUAUAAUGACCUAGAUGGACUAAAGGCAGCUGGAGAAGAGAAGAAAAAGAAACUCCAGGAGGAGAAGGUAAGACUGACAAAAUGCAGAAGCACCUUUAAGAAGAUGAUGCAACAGGUCUUAAAGGAAAGUGAUAUUCUAAAGAUGCAAUUACAGGAAAAUGAAACCCAUUCACAGCUGAUGAAUCUGGAACGUAAAUGGCAACACCAUGAGCAGAACAACUUUGUUAUGAAAGAAUUUAUUGCUACAAAGGGAAUGGAGAGUAAUUACCAACCUAUUAUGAAGGAUGUUACCAAACAACUUACUGAGUUCAACAAAAUACUUCAAGAAGCCCUUCAGAAUGCUAAAAAACUGACCUAAACUUCCUGGUUGAUCUGGAAGGAUGUAAAAGAAAAUAGUUUUAAUUGAUUUAUUGCUUUUGCUGUGAAAUAUUCAUGUGCAGAUAGGCUCACUACUGAACUUUUCUCACGCAUUUUUUUUAUUUUCAAGUGUAUCUACAUACAAUUUAUUGUGAAUAUCUGUUUAUUGUUAGAAAAUAGAACAUGCUUAUUUCCCUUUACCUUUGCAACUUGCAUUCUCUCACGUGCCUGUCAACUUCAAUUUCAUUAUUUUUCUCAUUAAACAACAUGAGCAGUAGUUUACAAUAGCCAAAUAACUUAGUCUUUGGGAUGUGAGAGGAGAUUGGAACACUCUUGAAUAUUGCUUUUUCAUUGAGAAAGUUGUGAAAUGUUUGUAUUUUAGCUCACAUUAACUUUUUAACUAUUUAAUUCUGUAAUGGGAUACUUUAAAUACAAGUAUAUCAAA